AUGAAGAACUCUUCUAUAGUUAAAGAAUUCAUUUUGAUAGGUUUUUCAAAUUCCCUUGAAAAUCAAAUGCUCAUCUUUUGGACUUUUUUCCUCAUCUAUGGAGUAGCUCUGGUAGGAAACUGCCUAAUUGUCCUUGCCAUCAGUGUCUGCAGGAAGCUUCACACACCCAUGUACUUUUUGCUAAUCAAUUUGUCUAUCAUAAAUGUAUGUUCAAUUUCUGUUAUAGUUCCCAAACUACUGCAAAUACUGUUAUCUGAGAGAAAGACUAUUAUAUUUCCUGGCUGCAUUGCACAAGUAUUUCUUUUCACCUUGGCUUUAGGAACAGAGCUCCUGCUUCUUGCAUUUAUGGCUUUUGAUCGCUAUGCUGCUAUUUGCCAACCUCUGCAAUAUACAGUAAUCAUGAGGAAGGAGAUUUGCUUUGGGACAAUGGCUGGGCUAUGGCUGAUAGGUAUAAUAAAUUCUUCAGUUCAUACAGGACUUGUACAAAGGCUUUCUUUCUGUGAUUCAAACAUCAUCAAUCACUUCUUCUGUGAGCUGCCACCAAUGUUCAAGAUCUCCUGUUCAGACACAAGUCUGAAUGAAAUCAUGGUUUUUGCAGCUUCCAUUGUCAUUGCCAUAGGCAGCUGUACCCUGACCUUCUUAUCUUAUUGGUUUAUUCUGAGGAGCAUCUUCAGAAUCCGUUCCACAGAAGGAAAGAAAAAGGCCUUCUCCACAUGCUCUUCCCAUCUCUUGGUUGUCAGCUUUUACUACUCCACCAUUAUCUAUACAUUCCUCCGUCCUGCUUCAAUGUACUCUUUAGAGGAAGACAAAGUGAUUGCUAUUAUUUAUUCUGUGGUCACUCCAGUCCUCAAUCCACUUAUAUACUCUCUGAGAAACACUGAUGUUAAGCAAGCUCUCAGAAAACUUAGUAUGAAAUAUACAAUAGCAGUCAAUAUUCUAUUACACUAG